AUGGGCAAAGAACCCUUGCGUCAAGGAGCUCCCUCGGGCCAACAUGACGGCUGGCGAUUGUCAACUGCUUCUCCGUUAAGCGAUACCAAUCACGUCUACUACUAUGAUUCUUCGCGGAUACAUGAGCUGCGAACUCAGAACUCGAUUGUUUCUUCACAAUUUGACCAAGACAUCUCCCAUCCCCCAGGGCAAUAUGACGGGGGCCACAACUAUGCGCCAGAUUCUGCUUGGGCUGGCUCGUUUGGUUACGGCGGAGGAUAUGCACCGGUGUCAAGUAUAUCAGCCACUUCGCCGACAAGAACGCAGUCCAUCGACACGCGCAAGCCCAGCUACCGCUCUCUGAGAAGGCAGAAUAUACCAGAAAGCAUACAAGAGGAAGGGUAUGACCUGUCUCUGCUUCAAUCAGCGGCGCCUAUGGGUACUGGUGCGCGCUACGAUUUGAUUGCAGAAGAUGACGAGAUGGUACCGCCCGCAGUCGACAUUACAUCUGCUAUGGGGCCGAUGACCACCCAUGAUGCUGAAUUUAUUAGAAGUCUGCAGCAACAGGAAGCAAAUGGAAAUCUUACAGGCGGACUAGGUCAAGGCUUCCGACCAGAAUCUACGCUUCGGGACAUGGAGCUUCUGUCCAGCCCGACAUCAAUAAAGAGGAGCCUCACCAGAUCAUUUACGCGGCGCAAGUCGGCCAAACAUUUAACACGAAACGAGACUAUUCAGUUCAAGGGUCAAGAUGAGGCCAACCGGCGAGGAGAGGUGAUCGAAGUUGUCCUCGAGACGGCACCAACCGACCUCAGCAAUUUUGAAGGAUCAAACAUGCUCUGGGACUCCGACAGCCGGCGAAGUACGGUAGCAAGCAAAGGACAACAAACGCAAAUAUUUUAUCCCCAGCCAAAUUGGAAACCGUGGUCCAUGCGAUGGCCCUAUCUUACCAUCAUGGUCUUGCUUUCUGUCGCUCUGGCCGUCAUGCAAGAGGUUCUCUUUCGAAAAUACUCGAAAACGCCUCUGUUGCAGUUCCAGAAGCCCGGCGACCUCAAGCCAGGCCUCUAUUUUGCUGUGAAAUUUGCACCUACUCUCUCCGCCGUCGUUUACGGGGUGUUGUGGCAAUUCAUCGAUUUCGAAGUUAGACGCCUGGAAGCAUUUUACCAACUAUCCAAACCAGGCGGCGCGUUGGCGGCCGAGUCGAUCAAUGUUGACUAUGUGACGAGUUUUAGUUUCUUUCGGCCCUUUCGAGCGUUAACCCUGGGGCACUAUGCAGUGGCCCUUUCAUCGGUUGCAACUACCCUGGCUAUUUCUCUUGUUCCGACAUUUGCGUCUGCGUCAAUUAUACUUUCACCCAGUCGCGAGGAGAGACUGAUCCACCCAAAUGACGAUAAAUAUCUGCAUUUUUCCCCGGCAUGGUCACGGCUUUUGACUUCAACGCUAGUUUUGUGUUCCGCGGCGGGCAUUGGCCUGCUUUUUUUGCUCCAGAGCAGACGUACCGGGUUACUAUCCGACGUGCAGGGGAUUGCUGGCUUGGCUUCCAUGGCCGUUGUGAGCCACAUACUAAUGGACUUCAAAGAUAUGGAUACCGCCAAACAUAAAGAUAUUCACCAAAAGUUGAAACAUAAUCGAUACAUGUUGCGAAAUUCAUCGCUGGCGCCUGACAAUGAGAAUCCAGCGACAUCGCAAGAGAGGGAGAGAUACGAAGAUGUACAUCUAUCAGAAAACCCUCAUCCGCUGAUGUUGCGGUUGGCUGGGUUUAUCCCAUUUGCCAUCGCCCUCUGGGGUUUUAUGGGAUUCAUCCCCGCUAUCCUUUUCACUAAAGCAGAUGUUGUCUCGGACAAGGCGCCUUGGUUUGUGACGGCUGUAGCCGUCUGUCUCAAAAUGAGCUGGAAUUCUUUAGAAACCGCUGUUCGGAUGAUGGAGCCUUACUACAUACUAUCCAAGAGGCAUGCACCGUCAGUCCUGUUGGCGUUGGAUUACACGGCCAUGCCAUUCGGCUAUCUUCCCAUCAAGGCACUCUUGAAUGGUCAUACAGUCAUGUUUCUUGUUGGCUUUGGCAGUGUCAUUGCCGAGUUCUUGACCAUUCUUGUGACCGGUCUGGCCACGGUUGAUGGCAAGGAUUUCCUACUCAACGGCGAUGGCGGUGUUGAUCAGGACAGAAGCAAACUAAUCAACUCUGGACAAGAGACGAUUCAUUCAUUUUACGUCUCUUUUGGCAUCGUCAUGUUUAUCCUCUUGUACAUGAGUGUCGUGUCUUGUAUUGUCUUUGUCCGGCGACGCCAUCCUUUCUUACCACGACAGCCCAACACAAUCUCAUCCGUGUUGGCAUAUAUUCACCAAAGCAAGAUGCUGUAUGAUUUUGUGGGAACGGAGAAGCUGAGUAAUGCCGAAAUGGUAAGGAAGCUGGAUGAUGGCAAGACUUAUGGUCUGGGAUGGUUUCAGGGCCGGGAUGGACAAAUACAUUGCGGGAUAGAUCAAGAGGAGCUGACGAGUUCGUACAAGCAUGGCGUUGAUUAUACGCAGCGGAAUCAACCGUGGAACACACAGUGGGAUAUGCUAUAG